GUGAAGUUCAAUUUCAGUCUUCCUAUCCAAAGAAAAGUAAUUCAGUAGUAAAUGAAGAUGAAAGAUUAAAGAGAAAUGAGAAUGAGUUUAUUACUCCUAAUAUAAAUUCAAUCACAACUAUUAUACCUUCACAAACUAACUUUGUUAGUAAACAUAAUAAGAAUAAAAAUAUGAACUAUAAUACAACACCUACUCCAAGCUAUAAACCAUUAACAGUAGAAGAAACAGCAUCACAGCAUAAAAAUAACUAUUAUCAACAAAUUAGUUCAAAUAAUAAUGAUGCUUGGGUAGUGAGAAAUACUACUUCAUCUGACAAUAAUAUCGGAUUAACAGCUGAGUCUUCUUCUUCUACAAAUAAUAAUAACGAUAAUGAUGAAAUACAGCAAAGACAUUUACAACAAUUAUUUGAUAAAAAAAGAAAAAGAAGGGAAUCACAUAAUGCAGUUGAACGCAGAAGAAGAGAUAAUAUUAAUGAGCGUAUUUUUGAAUUAUCUACACUUUUGCCGGAAAGGAAUGCUGCAAAGGAUCACAAAGGAAAUAUAUUACGCAAAUCAGUAGAUCAUAUUCGAUUAUUACAUGAGAAAGUAAAUCAAUACCAGCAAAGAAUACAAGAACUCGAAAGGUUAUUAGAAAUGUAUCGAAUGAGAUGGGGAGAUUUAAAUCAUAAUAAUGUUAAUACAACAACGACUAAUUUAUCAGGAAUUCAGCAAUCACAUCAUUUUAAAUAAUCAUAGUUUAUUUAAUCGUUCAUUAAAACUUAUUUCUUGUUUUAAUCAAGAUUAAAUUAAUUAGUAAGAAAGUUUUAUAUAUAUUAUUUUCUUUAAUAUAAGUUGAUUUUAAUUAUAAUACAUGUAAGCCAAAAAAAA